UCACAUGGACAGAAUAUUCAGAAAUCAGAAAUUGUGGCUGGCCAAAAUAAAAUGGGGAAAAAAAAUCCCCAUAAAUUAGCAUUCUGUGUUGGGGAUCUGCACAUGAUCAGCCAUGCUUUCUGGAUAAGUCUGUCUGUUGGUUGUUGCCAUGGCUACAAAAAGCUAGUGGAACCCAAUGAACUGUCUGCAGCAUUGCUGAAAGGAUCAGCCAUUUUGCUUAUGGAAAACAGUGUGACAUAUUAUGCUGUGCUUUACCAUGGAAUAAACAAAAAAUCUAUUCAGAGGAAACAGAGGAGAAGAUGAGGGAAUAAUUACUAUAGCUGAGAAUGCCUACACGCUGCCAUUUUGACAAGCUGGUGACGGCUCAUUCCCAUUAGCUGAUCAGGGAAGGUGGAAUGCAGAGUGAUAAUGCUGCAUAUCUGCUGUCAGGCUGGGGAGUAGGUUUUUUGUCUUGUAAAGGCAAGGUUUCCCUGCAAUGUUAUCUCAACCACUCGCGAGCUGCUCCGAGUGAAAGCUGGUGACCCAAAAGAAGGGUGUUGCCCUCUCCCAACAUUGUUCUUGUGCUCUGGUGUUUUAUAUGAGCAAGCACCACUGGAGAAGCAGGUGUGCGAUUCAGAUAGGCUCUGUAUUGUCGGCUGUACAAACCACCCUCUCAGGUUUACAUGCUUCUUAUUAACAGAUUGUUGGCUUAGGAGCUUCUGCUUCUGGACUUAGACCAGGAGGCUGCUGUGCAUCUCUGCUUGUGUGAAAGAGACUCUUGGAUUUGGCUUAAAUUUAAGCCCUAGGAGUGUAAACCCUUCACAAAGGGCUAAAUAAACAAGAUCUCUAUGUACAAGGGCACAAGCACUUACUUCCUCCGUACUUGAAAAACAGCCGAACUAGUCCGUCUGGUUCUGCACUGAGCACAGCUUGGCUGGACUUGACAAUUGAAGCUACCGACUGAAGUGUUUAAAGAACAGUGGAGGCCCAAGUGAACAGAUCAAAAAAUAACUUCUAUGUGCUGCUGGAACUUCACCUUUAUAUGGAAAACUGAAGACUUUUGUAGCAAAACCUCCAGUGUCAAAAUGAAUACAGAUAGCGGUGGGUGUGCUCGCAAACGUGCUGCAAUGUCUGUCACAUUAACAGCUGUGAAGAGGGUUCAAAGUUCUCCAAACCUAUUGGCUGCAGGGCCUGAUUCUCAGUCUCCAGAUUCAGCUUGGAGAUCUUAUAAUGAUGGUAGUAGAGAAACAUUGAAUGGAGAUGCUAGCAGUUCAUCUCUUGCAGCAAAAGGCUUUAGAAGUGUCCGGCCAAACCUACAAGAGAAAAAAUCACCAACUCAGGCACCUCAGCCACCCCCUAGAAAAGAAAGUUUUUGGAGAACAGAAAUAACUAAUCUCAAAACAAACAGAAUUAAUUUGCAGUCAGUAACAAUCAAGCCAACUAAAAACCUUCCUUCAGAUACUGUCUACUGUACUAACAAGGAGACUGUCCAGAAGACAAUGUCUUCUAAAACAUCUAACACAAGUGCACAAACAAUCACUAAACCACUGGUCUCAGUCUCCAGUGAAGGCACAAGCACCAUAGCUGGCUUUAGUGCUAGUCUUCAUCAAGGGCACAGACAAGGGUCUCAGAAACGUAGAAUUUCUGCCCUAAAAUUAACCCGGACACAAGACCCAGCAAAUAGCAUUCCUUGUAAUACACAGCAACAGCCUGAGCCUGUUGAAAUGCCAGCAUUUCCACAAAGACCUGCCUCACCUACCUAUAAGUCUGUGCCUGAGAUACACACAGCAUCUCUUUCCAUUCAGAUAGCUCCUAACUUUGACAAUAAAGCAGAGCCUGAAAUCCAAGAACAUCCACCUAAGCUUUCUCCAGACACUUCAAAGAUGCCUUCAAAGGAUAUGGGACAAAAGUCUACAGUUCCUUCUUCUGCACAGUCUGCAGAAUGCCAUGUGCUUGGAAACCAGAAAGUAACUGCCAAUGUGAUGGAGGUAAAUGCUUCACAGACACACAGACAAACUGCAACAGAAGCUUCUCCACUGCCUCCUCCUUCUGUGGUACCAGUUAACAGAACCUCUUUCUCACCAGACAAUGACACCCAUCUAGCAUCAUUUACUUUGCCAGCGCUUGAUGAUAUUUUGCCUUCACGCUUUUAUAAAACCCCACCCCUUUCACAUUUUUCAUAUAAAUGCCCUUUCAUAGCUCCUGAAAAUAUUAUCCACAGGAACGAAACAGCCUCUGUAAUGACAGACUCUGCCAUGAGCGAGUACUCCUCCUGCACAGUGAGUGAGUCCUCCACAGCCAUUCUAGAUGAGCUGCAGACUUGUAACUAUGAUUCUACUGACUGUUCUGAAACACCUUCCCCAACCUUGAGCCAGAUGUCUGCUGUGUCAGAUGGUGCCACCUUAACCACCACUGCUGCCACUUCUCAUGCCCAGGUAACAGUGAAUGGGAACUCUGGCACUGCUGCCAGUCCAGUGAGUCAUUUUCAAAGGCCUUUUUCCCCUUCUUCAGCUUACCCUCCACCAGCUUCACUCAAUUCAAACAUUGUUAUCAUGCAGCAUGGCAGGAUGAUGGAAUCCACAGAGACAUACUCACAGCACGCUCAGGCUGUUGGCAGCAGCACCACCACCAGUACAAUACCAAUCUGUAGAUCUUCAGAGGAAGAGAAGAAAGUCACAGUCAUUAAAGCACCACAUUAUGCAGGGAUUGGCCCGGUAGAUGAAUCUGGAAUCCCAACAGCAAUUAGAACGACAGUUGACAGACCAAAGGAUUGGUAUAAGACCAUGUUCAAGCAAAUCCAUAUGGUUCACAAACCUGAUGAUGACACAGACAUAUAUCACACUCCAUAUGCAUAUAAUACUGGCAGUUACAGCCCAUCCCUCCCUGCACAAGCACACCCAGCUGCAAAGACACAGACAUACAGACCAUUGUCCAAAAGCACUUCUGACAAUGGUACUGAUAUCUUUAAGGUUUCAUCUACUAUACCUCCUCCACAAAUACCACCUCCAGUGCCACCACAUCGUCCACGAGACAGGUCAACACCAGAAAAAAAUGACUGGGAUCCUCCAGACAGAAAAGUAGAUACCCGCAAAUUCCGUUCAGAACCAAGGAGUAUUUUUGAAUAUGAGCCAGGGAAGUCAUCAAUUCUUGAACAUGAAAGACCGACCUCCUUAUAUCACUCUUCAACAGACAAAGGCCUGGAAAGACCUUCUAGUUCUGCAAGUACUGCAAGCGACUACAGGAAAAGGAGGAAGUCAGAGCCUGCUGUAAGUCAUCAGAGGGCACACAGCGAUCAAAAUGCAAACAGGCCUAGUAUAGGUCAGGCAGAUACACAAGGCUCAUACAACACCCUCAGAAAACCAUUCACCAGCUCUUCUCCUUCUUCUCCAUCAAAAGCAAAAGGUGGGGAUAUUAGCAGAGUACAUCCAUCCCUGUUCAGUUAUUCAAUGCACAACCACAAUGCCUCAAAUGAGUUAGAUUACUGUAGCACUUACCAACAGCAUUUAGCUGUUCCAAGUGAUUCAAGAAGGGCAGUCAGCUACAAGAAUGGCUGGCAAAUGACUCGUCAGAAUGCAGAAGUCUGGAGCAGCACAGAAGAAACUGCCUCUCCCAAGCGGAAAUCUCGUAGCUGCGAUGAUCUGCUAACAGAUGAUCACGACAGCUUUGCUGAUGCGCAAGCCAAGUCUGAAAGCAUGGGUUCUCUGUUAUGUGAGGAGGAUUCCAAGGACAGUUGCUCCAUGGUCUGGGCCUCCCCCUAUGUUCCUGACAGUCGCAGUAAUGGUAGGUCAAGGGUUCGUCAUAGAUCAGCCCAUGAUGCCCCAGGAUUCCUAAAACUGUACAAAAAAAUGCAUCGUAUCAAUCGCAAAGAUUUAAUGAACUCUGAGGUGAUUUGUUCUGUAAAGUCCAGAAUAUUACAGUAUGAGAAAGAACAGCACAAAGGCAUGCUUCAAGGCUGGAGAGAAUCUUCUACUGAAGAGGUCCCCAGGGACAUGGUUCCUACCAGGAUAUCUGAAUUUGAAAAAUUAAUUCAAAAGUCAAAAUCAAUGCCGAAUCUAGGUGAUGAAACAUUAUCAACAAUAACGCUUGAGCCUCCUAAAAAUGGCUUAUGUCCAAAGAGGCGAUUUUCUAUUGAAUCCUUGCUGGAAGAGGAAAAUCAAGGUAGACAUCCCACUCAGGUACAACGACACUGCAAGCCUAAAACUCUGGUGCCAAUUCAUAUUGAAGUGACCACUGAUGAACCACAAAGAUCUCACAUGGAGUUUUCAGACAGUGACCAAGAUGGAGUGGUCUCUGACCUCAGUGACUUUAUCCAGAUAGAAGGUUCUUCCUUUUGUAGUGAAAGUGACUUUGAUCAUUUUUCCUUCACAUCCUCUGAGAGCUUUUAUGGUUCAGGUCAUCACCACCAUCACCACCACCACCAUCACCACCACCACAGACAUCUCAUCAGUUCCUGCAAAGGUAGAUGCCCAGCAUCCUAUACCCGCUUCACCACCAUGCUAAAACAUGAAAGGGCUAAACAGGAAAGUACUGAAGAUCCAAGGAGACAAGAAGCAGAAUCUGGUCUCUCUAAGAUAGCAUUCCUAGUCAGUCCAGUGCCUUUCCGAAGGAAAAAAAAUGCAACCCCUAAAAAACAGUCUGAAAAGACUAAAAGCAAGUCAUCUGUGUUUGAAGCAUUAGACUCUGCUCUCAAAGAUAUCUGCGACCAAAUUAAAGCAGAAAAGAGAAGAGGAAGCUUGCCUGACAACAGUAUAUUGCAUAGACUUAUUACAGAGUUGCUCCCAGACAUUCCAGAAAGGAAUUCAUCUCUGAAAGCUGUUAGAAAGAGUCCCAUGCAACAGCCUUUUCAUCCACUGCCUCAAGAUGGUGCUAUUCAUUGUCCAUUGUACCAGAAUGAUUGUGGAAGAUUACCUCUUAGUGCCUCUUUCCAAGACAUGGAUACAACCAACAACAACAACCAAGACAAUGAUAGUGCACUGUGUUUCCAAGGUGGAUUACCUUCCUUUCCUUUAUUCUUGUGAUUCACUCAUCCAUCCUGUGCCUUUCAUUUUCAACCCCCUAUCAUUUCAUUUUUACUGAGGAUUUCUGCAGUUUAAAAUAAGUGUUCACCACAGAAAGGAUGCUGUUUUCCCAUUGAUGUGUCUGAUUAAUAUUAGAGGAAUAAGUUAAUUGUCUAUUCACAAAAUUGUAAUAAUCUGGUUAUCAAAUAAUGACAGCAUUAUUUUUGUCACCAAGUUUGGAACAGUGAUUUCCAAUCUGUAAACCAAUGAUCCAUGCUACAAAUUAAACAAAGCCCUGUUUUUAAUAAUUGGGUCCCUAAGAGAAGAGAUUUUUUAGACAAUUGAAACGGUUUCACAAUAAAAAAAUAUGCAUUGUAAAGUGAUGGACAAACAGAAAACAAUGUGGUGAAAGCCUUCAUUGCAUUUCUAUUAAUGAACUAUGCAUUCCAUAACAAAAUUAAUAAUAUGUUACACCAACUAUGUCAGUAUAUACAACUGUCAAAAGCUGAGACAUGCUUACUGUGUCCAUUUUUGUACAACUUGAGCAAAGCUGCAUGUGCAAUUUUUGUGAAUAGACCCUUAGUCCAUGAAUAGUAAAGAUUCCAUUUUCACUGAGCAAAUGAUGCAAGUUGCAAUUCCAUGGCAACAAAGCUAGAUCUUUUAAUUUAAUUUACAUGUUAACAGUUGCCUUAUCUUUUUCAAAGUGCAAAGUAGAAAAGGAAAAUUAACUAAACUAAAGGACACUGUGAAGGUGACUAUAAAUAAAACCUGAUCCAUCUUGACCGUGAUCCUCUUUUAAAGCUAAUAUAAAGUUAAUUGCUAUCAUCUUGAUAAGUUUAUUAUUAACUUCUGUUUAAAGGAGAAUCAUUGCAUGAAUUUAAAAUAUUUCAAGUGAAUUAAUUCAAUGAAAAUGUAUAUGGCCGUUCCUGAAAUCAUAUAAUUGAUGUGGAGAAAACUAAGACUAUUAUACAUGUUGUGCAGUAUAGUCAUUUGUGCUCCUCUUGUCUUACCUUUAAUUUUCACAUUCUUUUCUGUAAGUUUUGCUAGUGCCGCAUUUGGAAAAAAUUAUCAAAGAUACUGCCAUUCUGUCUCAACUUGUUAAACCAAAUGCAGAGAGUAAAAACAACAAAUUCAGUAAAAACACCUAAUAAUACAAUUUAUAGUUUUACUAGUCAUGUUUUUGAGACACGGUAAUUAUUUAUACGUCUCAUUGAAAUGCAAUGAGUCAUUAUAAAUAGAACUAGAAAAUGUGUACACAAAGACCCAGAUUCAGCUUCUGCUUGCAUCAGCAAAAAUCUGAAGUAAUGAUAAUUGCUAGAUAGUUAUUAGGCUUUCUCUAGAUGUACAGUAAUAUAACUACAAACAGUAUUUGGCUCUAAUUUUGAAAUUCAGCUCAAAAUAUGGUAUCUGCUAGAAAUAAUAGUCACAGAAAGUCUGGCAUGGUCUCCAAGAGUUGUACGUUUCUUGUAUAAAAUCAUUCUAUAACCAGUGGUAUUUUCAGUGAAGUUGUAUUUCACAUUUUGGCCUUCUGGUUAUCAGCAAGCUCUCACCCUUUGCGAUACUUAUGUGCAAAGGUUGGAAAAGAUGCAAGAGCCUCCAACAUAACCCGAAACCAAAAUUUCUUCGCUUUCUGCAAAACUGUGGUGAAAGGUAGUAUGACUAGCCCUCUUGCCCAUCCAUCAUGUUCUCUCAGGUGUCUGCCUGUCCAAUAGAGUUAGAGAACAAACAAGGGAACCCCUUAGAGCAGGGGCUGCCAACCUGUCACAUGUGUGCCACAGUUGGAACGGGGACCACCUCAGUGUGUGAUGUGCAGAAGAUCAGAAAGAGGGCAGGCAGCACAGAAGCAGAUAAAACAGAGAGCAGAAAGUAGAACAGUAGAUCAGGCAUGGAACACAUAGUAAGAAGCAGAAAGCAAAGCAACAGAUCAGGUAGGGAGCAGAGGGCAGAGAGCAGAGUGGCACAUAAAGCAGAAGGAAGGGAUUGGAGUGGCAUUCAGAGAGGACACAGGGCUUAACUUGUUGUACACCUGCCAAAAAAGUUUGCCCCCACUGUCUUAGAGCAUCCAAGCAAGAAGAGAACAGGACACUGAACAGAAACUCACUCACUAUAAGGUAUGAUCGACUUUUCAGCAGCAGGCCUUUGGACAGCAGAUACAACUCCAGUUUGGAGCAGUAGCAAGGUGUUUCUACAGACUGCACUGCCCCUAGCCCCUCCAGACAUUUUCUCCUGCAUAGGCAGAAUGGCUCAGCAGCUUUCUCAUUGAGUGCUAUUACUUUGCUCCCAUUCAGAUUAAAUGAUUGCAAUGGCAGUUUCUUAGCACAUGGUAACCAAUGUGUGUUACCCAGGUAUUGCAUUUACUCAUAUCACAGAUCAGAAUAAGCAUACUAUUAUGAUAAUAAAAGUGUUGUUCCAGGCCACAUAACAUGGCAACUGAAGUCAAACAAGUGUAGGGGAUAACAAGGAGGGUAAGAGUCCAUGAGUUUAUAGUGUAAGAAUCACAGAAAAUCUUUUUACAUUGAGCUAGGAGUUUUAUUCAAGUAACAGAAGCUGUUCUUUCUGGAGCUGCAUCAUUCAAUCUACCUUAAGGCCCAGGGGAUGCACUCAGAACAUUCCAACCAUCUUUUUGGCUGCAAUUUAAGAUAUAGCACACAUAGCCUAUUACUUGGAAGCAGUCUCUGUAACAGGUGUGUAGGAUUUAAGGCUAAGCACAGACAGUCAAAAAACCCAAGACUGAACCAAUUCAGUCUUUGCAGGUUAGUCUAAGCUGCAGAGCUUAAACUGAGAAGCAAGUGAACAGACAUUCACUUUUGAUUCAGGAAAUGCAGCAACAUGCCUGCAGUGGCUCAGGCCAGAAGCUGCCAAAGGGAAGGAACUGAAGCUCAAAGGUUUUUCCUGACUCCCUGCUCAAGCAGAAGGGGCUGGCCAGGCCCCAGCUUGGGGCUAGCACGCUGGAGGGUGCUACACACAACUUAGUCUACCUUAAAAUAGAAUGUAAUAAACCAAAAAAACAAGAGAAAGCCUUGCAUAAGUCUUACGUAAACCUGAGGGCAGAGUCUCCUUAUAGCCAGGUAUUCAGAAAGCCCUUCUUGGAGAAUCAGCAGGUAGUUUUAGGCAUUGCAGUGGAGAUCCCACAGGCCUCAGCUCUACUUGGGUUUUACAGGUGCACUUGCACCCCAUUCUCCCCCUUGCGUGCCUUGACAUUAGUGUACUUUUCACCUAUAAUACCUUUGGCAGGACUCUCAUGCAUUCAGUAUCUUUUGUCUGUGCUUAGGUAUUCCAGUCUCCCACCUUGUACAGGUUCUGCUUUAUAAUCUAAAUGUAGUUCUCUGCUUUCUUUGGGACCCUCUCUUGUUCCCUUAGCUCUGUCUCCAGCACAUACAUGUGAUAAUUGUGCCAGGUUUUGCCAACACCCUCCACCUCUCAGUCUGGUCCUGCAGGGCUUGGUCCUGUGCUCACCAAGGUGGCAAGGGACCAGUUCCUCCAGCCCUGGUUCCCCAGCCUCUUCCCCUUCCCCCAUACCCUAGAGGAGCAGAGGAGAAUUAUACCUCCUUCCCCUCCCUGUAUCAACUUGGUUGCCUCAGUCACUGCCAGAGGUGGGAGGGAGUGGACUCUGCUGGUCUCCUGCUGACCCCCUGCCAAGCAGACCCUGGCUGGGGUCCCAUGCUGGUGGGAGAGGGGGUUUAAACCUUCCUCCCUCCCCUCCACCUGAACCUGCCUGCUGAAGCCCUCUGCCCCCUCCGCUCCAGUGGGAAAAAGUCUAGGAGGGGCUGCCCUCCCUGCUGGUAGACCUGGACAUGGUCUUCAGCCAUGUUUCCCACCCCCACCCCCUUGUCAGCCGACCCUCACUGCUCUAGCUAGGGAGCAGAGGGGUAGGGCCAGCCCUGCUCUCUGGAGCAGACUACACAGCACAGCACAGCCCAGGGCUGCAAAGCAUUCUGGGAAGCUGGGGGACUCUGAUUUAACUUAAACCAGGAAGGGGUCUGGAACAGAAGUUUCAUAAACUGGUCUGACCCAAAUCAGUUAAGUCUGAUACUACAUUCAGUCAGGUUUAUCUUAAGCCAGUUUCAGACAUUUUGAUACUGGUUUAUGUGCACUGAGCUUCUGUUCUGCUAUUGGUUUAUCUGUAACUUCUGUCCUCAGCCUGUCUGAAGAAAAUAUCCUCUAUUGGGGCCAGAAUGCUCAAGUUCCAAAAUUGCUGGCAGAACCAAUGACUGAUAGCUCUUUUUCCACCCUAUCACUACUUUACAACCCUUAUUUUCAUUUGCAACCUUUACACAGUAGCUGCACAAUAUACUAAAAAGCAUUUAGAGUCAGUCUGUCUUAUUGUAAGACUCAGAGAAAGCUAACCACAAAAUGGUGGAGAGAUUGCUUUCAAUUCUGUAUUUACUAUUGGUACUUCUUGAUAGAGGCACAGGUUGGGUGAACAGAUCGUGUGAACUGAACAAAAGGAAAUUAAUAUUAUUUUUGCGGUCUUCACUUCCAGGUGUCAUUGUGGCACUAGGAAAAUACAGUUGGAAAUCUGAGGACUGAAAGGAGGUAGUUCAUUCAGUCCUCCAAAAUUUUAUAAACCUGAAAUAAUUCCCUUUAUUUUCCUAUUAUGCAAGCAGCCUGCAAGAUCAUGGAGGGUGCAUGACUUUUAUUUGAAGGACACUCUUUGUCAAACAUAUUAAAAUAUAUAAAUGCAGGUAGCAUCCUAUCUUAAACUGUACUUUACAGCAAAUACGUCUUUCACAAUGGUGAGUAUUGAUUGGUGCACUCUCACAGUCUGCCUCAAAAUAAAAUUGUUUUAUGACAGUAACAGCCUUCUAACUUCCUAUGUGCAACCUAAUACACAACUUGGGUAAAGAGGAAAUUAAUUCUGGACCAUAACACAGAAAAUAUUCUAUUCAUCAUUCAAUCAUUGUAACAUACUUUUAAAAAUCUGUCAUGCGUGUAAUUAUGUGUUUACAUUGUUUUCAUUUGAGGAAAUUUUUCCAAACCCUGCUGAAUUCUCAAUACAGUUAUCAUAUACCCUUUUCUUUAGUGGUUCCAUUCGUUGAAACCCUAGUCCAAUAUUGAGUUAAGGAGCAGAAUACUAAUGUUGCUCCUACAGCUUGCACACACUGAGUUCUGCAUUUGAACACAAUAUAUAUUUAUGUUCAGAUUCAAACUCUCCAUUGUUAUACAUUUUUAGAUAUAGUUUCCUUUAAGUAAAAGCUAGAAAUAUGACAGAAUUAACCUGCUUUCCAU